AUUAAGCAAAAGUAUUAAAAUUUAAAGUGUGCAACUUACUGAGGAGCCUGGAACACUGGAGUUCAGUGUCUGGUAUAGUCAAACCUUCAAAUUAAUACGUUUUCUAUGAGUAAUGAGUAUAGUCACAUAGCCAAAUAGGUUCAAAGUUCUCCAACGCAAUUGUUUGAUUAUAAUUGGAUAGAUUCCGAAGUUGUUUUCCACAAUGUGCUUGUAUCCUAUUGCUGCUACCGUAGAAUAAUGACAUUAAAGUUGCAGUAAUACAUCAAAUUUAAUAGACUGAUAAUCUACUGAAUUUAAAAUAUGUCUUUCGAUGAUGGAGUGCAAGCAACCAACUGCGAUGCUACAAAGUGCAAGUAUUCAGCUGUAAAGAUGGGCUAUUGGCAAGACGAUUUCAUACAGUAUUUUGUAACCGGCUACGAACGUAAAACGCCAGAGAUUAAUCGAGGGUAUUACGCUCGUAUUAAAGGUGUUGCCAUGUUUAUGGACAAAUUUCUCAAGAAAACUGGAUCGAAUUGUCAAAUCAUAAAUCUUGGUGCUGGGUUUGACACUCUCUACUGGAGACUGAAAAAUAGUGGAAUAAGAGUGAAUAAGUAUAUCGAAAUUGACUUUGCUUCAGUUACGUCCAAAAAAUGUUUUUUAAUCAAAAAGAGUAAAAUUUUAUUACAGACCAUUAGCCCACACGAGGGUGAAGUCAAAAUAAUAGGAUCAGAUUUACAUGCACCUGAUUACCACAUAAUCGGUAUAGAUCUUCGAAAUCUAACAGAACUGGAUAAGAAAUUAACUCAAUGUGGUAUAAAUUUUGAUAUACCCACAAUGUUUUUAACUGAAUGUGUUCUCGUCUAUAUGGAGCCAGAAAGUUCAUCAAUGUUAUUGCACUGGAUUGCCAAGAAGUUUAAUGACAUUUUUUUUAUUAAUUAUGAACAAGUUAACAUGAAUGAUAAUUUUGGACGGAUCAUGCUCGAUAACUUACGCAAUAGAGGAUGUCAGUUAGCUGGUGUUGAUGCAUGUUUAAGCCCUCAAACACAAAUGGAUAGGUUUGUAAGAGUUGGUUGGGAUAGCGCACGAAGUUGGAAUAUGAUAAAUGUAUAUGAAUACUUGCCCGAAGAAGAUAGAUAUCGUAUUGAAAGAUUAGAAAUGCUAGAUGAACUAGAACUGCUCCAACAAUUAUUACAACACUAUUGUAUUACAAUAGCCUGGAAAGGCAUAACCAUGGCUGACGUUGAUCAUUUAUAGCAGUUACAACGGCAGGUUAUCAAUGACAUAGCUCAUAACCUGCAUAUUGGAUGUUGAAAAAAAUUACAUCCAUUCAUACAUAAAUUGCAUCUAAAUUCUAAAUUUUUGCUUUUUUACAAUUUACCUCAUAAUAAUAUAUGGUGGUUAUACGAUUUUGACCUUUUGUUAAGUAAUUUUGUACAAUGGUGAGUAUAUUUAGCAGUAAUACUAAGUAUUCAUAAUCAAUGGUUAUAAUUACAAUAUACAACAAUGUAAAAUUCUGAUAAGCUUGUUUAUUUUGAAAUAGUAUAUAACAUAUUAUUUUAAGUACAUACAGUAAAUCACAACAAAAAACAAAUACACAAAGUUAGAAGUCUAGAUAAAAAAAAAAUAUAUCACAAUUAUUUGCCUUAAAUUAAUUGAUAAAAUGGUUCGUUGAAUUAUAUAUCUGCAACAAAGUUGUCUAUCUACUUAAUUAAUAAAUGUAUUUGUUAAUCAAUCAAUACCUAUUAAUUAUUGUAAGUGCCUUCCUAAAUGUAUUUAUUUUAUUAGUUCACUUAAGGACAAAACAAAUUAUUAUCAAAUAGUUUUGUUCUGGUGUUUUGAUUAAGUAGACUGAUUUGAUAUUGUGUUUAACUAAACUUAAUCUUUUUUGAAUUUUAUGUAUAGUUGUAACUUGUAUUAAUAAAAAGCUUUCAUAUACAUUAUUUGGCAUUUACUUGUACAUAAAAUAAAAUUCA